GGUUAUCUCACAAGACCCGAACGAACAUCCCUUCAACCCUCUAAUUCCUGCACCUUGGAAGAAGAUCGUCGAGCAACACUUGGAGAAACUUGGUGGCUGUGUACCCCUGGCUUAGAGCGAAGCCUUGGCGCCGUUGAACAACUUCUUCUCCACGGUUAGAGGUGUCUAAUAGCUGAGAAUGAAACUUCUGGAGCAUCUAAUUCAAUGGCAUCUUCAGAUAAUUCAUUGAAGCAUAAUUCAAGUGAUGUGGGGUGGGAGUUUGCGGUAUUGGCGGAUCCUACUAAUCCGGAUAAGUUAAAGUGUAAGUUUUGCAUGAAAGUGGUUAGUGGUGGAAUAUAUAGAAUGAAGCAACACAUAGCUAAUAUCAAGGGAAAUAUAUCCUCAUGUUCAAUGUGUACGGAGGAGGCUAAAGCCAAAUGCAAAGCGGCAAUAGAAGAAGCAAAAAGCAAGAAACAAAAUAAAACUAGACAUGAGUUGGAGAAAAGAGAAGAAGUUUACAUUACUCCGAUUGAUGAAGAAGACUAUGAAGAUGUUGAAGUUGGAGGGUCAAGGAAAAGGCCACGCGUUCGUGGGCCGAUGGAUAGAUUUACAUCGUCUAUUAAUCACCAAGCUUCAUUGGGUGUGUCUAUUGAUAAGAGCCUAAAUGCCUCAAAGAAGCUUAAUUGAGCUCGAGAACGCAAUUGUGGUGAAAUCAACACCAAAAAUCAUGUUCUUGAAGCCAAAAAAACUGUUGCGGUUUUUGUAGCAAGGAACCGGGACCCUACUUGGAUUAGGCUGUGAACCUCGCGAGCACUGCGCGCCCGCGUGGGCCGCUGGAGAAUUCCGAGCCAGUUACUGUAGAUGUUUCACUCUAGCGAAAAACUGUAGUUGGUUACUAUAGCUGAGCACUGUAGCACCGACCCGGGUUUUUGC